AUGAACGCUACAUUUGAAAGACGCCUCAGGCCAGUGCCUGCAAAGAGGCGACUGGGAAAGACAAACGCAACAGUUAACAACGGUCGAAAUGAUUUAAGAAAUAAGCUUAACUUAACUAUCAGAACACCAGAUGCUCGUUCACUGCUUCACAACCGUGUUCGACAACGUAAUUCAAAGCUUCGUGAUGCUAGAAAUCUUCUGAGGCGAAGAAAUGUGGCUCGUCCGCGUAGAAAUCCUCGCGUUCCAUUCUUCAUUCCUAUUAGAACGGUGAAAAAUGAACUUUACUCAGGUCAGAUCAAUAAUUCACCAAAUUCA